AUGACUCUGAACCCCAUGUGCGAGAGCGUCGAAACCGCUCACGGCGUUCCUCUCACCGUUACUGGCGUCGCCCAGUGCAAAAUAAUGAAGGCGGAGGAGUUGCUGCAGACAGCUUCCGAGCAGUUCCUGGGAAAGAGCGUCAAAGAGGUGAAAUCCACGGUGCUGCAGACUCUGGAAGGUCACCUCAGAGCGAUCCUAGGAACGCUAACAGUAGAAGAAGUGUACAAAGAUCGAGACCAGUUCGCGGCACUGGUGAGAGAAGUUGCCGCUCCUGACGUAGGCCGAAUGGGCAUUGAGAUCCUGUCCUUCACCAUCAAGGACGUGUACGAUGAGGUUCAGUACCUGGCCUCGCUCGGCAAGUCACAAACAGCAGCCGUAAAGAGGGACGCUGACAUCGGCGUCGCGCAAGCGAACCGAGAUGCUGGUAUCAGGGAAGCAGAGUGUGAGAAAUCUGCGAUGGAUAUCAAGUACAAUACAGACACGAAAAUUGAAGACAACUCAAGAAUGUACAAAUUACAGAAGGCAAACUUUGACAAGGAAGUGAACACUGCCAAAGCAGAAGCACAACUGGCAUAUGAACUACAGGCAGCUAAGAUCCGCCAAAGGAUCCGUAAUGAGGAAAUUCAAAUUGAAGUUGUCGAACGAAGGAAACAGAUUGAAGUUGAAGAGCAAGAGGUCCAGAGAAAAGAGAGAGAGCUGAAUGCUACAGUACGACUGCCAGCCGAGGCAGAAAGCUACAGAGUCCAGAUGAUUGCUGAAGGAAAAAGAACACAGACAGUAGAAGUAGCCAAAGCUGAGGCAGAGAAAAUCAAGAAAAUUGGAGCAGCUGAAGCAUAUGCAAUUGAGGGGGUAGGCAAGGCAGAAGCAGAACGUAUGCGCAUGAAGGCAGCUGUGUAUAAGCAGUAUGGGGAUGCUGCAAUCAUGUCUCUGGUGCUGGAAGCACUGCCAAAGAUUGCUGCUGAAGUGUCUGCUCCAUUAGCCAAGACGGAAGAGAUUGUGCUGCUGGGAGGCGGAGACAGCAAUGUGACAGGUGAACUGACAAGAUUGGUGGGCCAGGUCCCUCCAGCUGUCCAUGCCCUCACAGGAGUUGACUUAUCAAAGGUGCUGAGUAAAGUUCCAGGAGCAAAGUAAUGUUGGCAGUUCAUCCCAUACCAGAGUCUCACUUAAAGAUUGAGCAGCAGUUUCAUGCCAACGAUGGUCAUCACUGGCCAUCACGCCUGUUAAUGGGGGGUAGGGACGUUAUGAGCAUUUGACACAUCUUUUCAUCUCUUUCUCAGGUACAGUUUUGCGCCUAGUAACGUAAAAUAAGGAGAUGUGCAGUCUUUAAUAAAACAAAAAGUAUAUGGUUAUGUAAAGUGACAAGGAUAAUCUGAAUACCCAAAACAUGAAGCACUUAACUGUGCCUGACCUGUGUUAGCAUCUCAUGAAUCCACUGACUGUACAUACCAUUUGCUGAGUGUUAGUAUGCUUUAUUUUCAGCUUGGGCCCUGUCUGCAUUGACUUUGUAGACCAACACAGCAUCAGCCUGGAAGCUUUACUGUCACACUGUCUGUACAAGCUUCAAUUACUUCUUUCAAAAGUGUCCUAAAUAUAUAUUAAGAUUCAGUAAAUCUUUCAUUUUGCUUUGGUGAUAAAAGUUUAAUAUUUUAUGGAAAUCUCAAAAUGAAAUCCAUUCACAUAUUUCUCAGAAUUUAUAUGUCACCAGUAAUUAUGCUUGAUACACUGCAGUUUUCAGAACAUAGCAAUUCAAUUCAUCUACAUUUUGGCAUUCUGAAUACAAAAUAAAGAUAUGCAUGAGAAGAGAACCUUGAAUAAUUGUGAUCAUGAUUUUUAUACACUCUACUUUGUCCUGAACAGCAGUUUUUGGUCCUAUUAGAGAACCAUCAUGCACAAGUAAUCUGUUUUUGGUUUUCUGAUUAUCUUGAUUGAUGUAUAGAACUGAAAGGAAAAAUGCUCUACAGAAUUAAAAAGAAUAGUGAUAUUAAUAAAAGUCUGAAACAUCGUCCAUUUACAGACAGUGGAUUUAUGAAUUUUCAUUUCUUAUAUAGCUCAGGUCAGGUUGACAUUAGGUAAUGUUUUAUAAAGUAAUGUUUAAACUUUGCCAUUCUUGCAUUAUAUGAUGAUAUUAUUUAUCUGUUUGCCUGUGCACAUAUGGACUCAAGAGUGGGUAUGACUAUAUAUGUGUGUGUGAUAUCUUAAAUGAGUAUAAGAAAGGAAAUAUUAACCUGUAGUUAGCAUCAAAUUAAAUCUUACAAAAUGCCAUGCUUACUUUUCCCACUGGACCUUUAUAAAUGUGUUUAAGAAAGGUAAGGUGCUCAGAAGAUGGUGGUCAGCACUGAAUCCAGAAUUUCUGUGUUAAAAUGAUAUUUUGUGUGUCCUUAGAAUCUCCUCUCAAGGAAAGCAAUUUGUCUGGUGGAAGAAUCCCAUCAUGAUAGGUAUCUGUAUGCAUACUGUGUUAUGAAUUAAACAACUGUUAAGUUUAUAUCCCUGCCAGAAGCAGGAAUACAUCUUUAUAUGUGAACCAUGCUCCUGUUCUAGGUCACUUAUAUAGCAACUGAAUGUACUUGAGAUACUGAAUGUACAUCAUUAUCUAAGGUCCAAAAUGAAGUAACCAAUUUCCCUCUGUACUUGAUACUUUAUGAUACUCCUGUUUUAUAGUACCUUUGUGUGAAGAUGCUUUGUGUGGUUUUGAAACCUGUGAUCUGGUGGUGUUUAGUUUUGUAUAAUAUAAAUGUAUAAUAUGUGCUGAAAUCAUUAAUAUGUUUCCAACAUUUGCUUGAUAGUUUAUAACUUGAAGCUUGUGAAGCAGUUGAAUGUAAUGAACUCUUGCUUAGACAAUCAGCCACAUCACUUUACGGUAAAACUACAAAGUUUCAGAGUUUAUUUCUGCAUACAUUGUCUCGGAAAGAUGUACAGUGACCAUCAGAUACAGAUUGCCAGUAAGUAUAUCGUUUGUCCAGCAGAGCCCUGUCCUCAUUAGCCAUAAUCCAGCCAAUAAAAUAGAGGGAAUUAACUUGAGUGUGGCUUCCUCCUGGAACUGUGCUCCUAUCAUAUUCAUACAAAUUCUUCAGAUUAAUUUUCAUUCCAGUGUAAGUACAAUUUCAAAUUGUUAUGGCGAUGACAAGUCAUCUUGUCAUCUUGUUGGUUAUGACAUUGUGUAGUCUGACAGGUGGGUACCAAUGUUUUGGAGCAACAUACUGCUGCCAUAUUGUGGGUAGAAAUAGCAGCAUUUAUUUUGAAGUAUGGCUGAAUCACUGGAUUUCACCUGUCACCUUCACUGUCACCAGGUAAAAUACUUCCAACAUAGCAACAAGCAUUCUAACAUAUGAGUAAAGUAAAAAAAAAGUAAAGCUAUCCCUGUAACAGGCCGUGAAGGCCCAUAGGGUUGUGAGAUGUUGAGG